UUUUGUGAAGGUAAGACGUGUUGUUGUCCGUGAUUAUUUUUGAGUAAAUUGUUCUGGCCCAGUUGCCGUAAUUUUGUAAUAUUAAAUAGUUAAAGUUUGUUUAAUUUGAAUAAUUAGUAUUUUAUUAUACUAAGUCAAAAGUAUAGUUUGAGUAUUGUUAUGGUUAAAUAGAUCCAGAAGUAAUUUUUAUCAAUGCCGAUGGAACUUAUACGUCGCGCGCAACUGCAUGCUGCGUCUUUCUCUAUUGCACUGAAUAGUAUGCUGAAUGUUUCUGAGUGAAAUAGCCAAGAGAACCAGUAAGCAUCCGCAGCAACGUAACCCACCUCUAAUCUACUCACCUCCAAGCAGCUGCAGCGAAAACCGGGAAAUGUCCGAAUGUCUUGUCCAGCCAACACCGAUCAUCGUGAUCAUCGUCAACUUGUAUAACUUCAGAAUAAUUGUCAAAUAAAUUAGCAGAAGAAUAUUCUCUACCCGGCCAGAUGAGCGAUUUACAAAAGAUGAUAACGCAGGGACCAGUUCUAUUUCUACAACUAUUGCAAAUAAAUGUAAAUUCUCGAGUUCCAGUUCUGGAGGCAUUGAUAGCUCCCCAACUUCAGUGAACACCAGCCCAUAUUUUAUGCACAAAGAGUUCAGUUGUUCAUCAGCAAUCCUUCAAAGUCAUACCAAAGAAGAAAUAAAAUUUAUAACAUCAAGCUCAAAUAUAUCCGAUGUAUCUAAGAAUCAAUCUACCAAUUGUAAUAAAUAUUAUCUUAGUACUAAUCCAAAAGUCGACAUACUCCCAGCAAUCGAUAGCCCAGAAGCCUGUAAUAGUGCUGCGUGCAGAUUGAGAUGGUUAUUGGAGCAGCUUGACCAAGGUGAUAUCCAAACUGAUUCAUUACUGAAUUCAUUACAGUUUACUAUACAGUAUGCUGCUACUGUUCUAGAAAAUGUUUUCAUUCGUGAAAAAAAGUUAUCAGCAGAUGAAGAUGACGAACUUUCGGGAGUUCAACCAAAUGCUGUACCUUCUGAAGUUAGAGAAUGGCUGACAUCCACUUUUACAAGACAAUUAGCAACUGUUAAACGUAAAAAAGAUGAUAAACCGAAAUUUCGGUCAGUAGCUCAAGCAAUUCGAGCUGGUAUUUUUGUUGAAAGAAUUUCUCGGAAGGUGAAUAGUUAUACUCUCAUGCAGUUUCCUCCAGAAGUUUUGAAAGUUUUUAAGAAUAUAGACGAUUGGUCAUUCGACGCAUUUUCUCUGGAUGAUGUGGCUCAAGGCUCACCUUUAAAGUUUAUUGGAUAUUUUUUACUUAAUCGCUACGGUUUAAUUCGGAAAUUCAAAAUUCCACCGCAAGUGUUAGAGAACUUUCUGACCAAAAUUGAAGAAGGGUACUGCCAUCAUAAAAAUCCCUAUCAUAACAAUCUUCACGCCACAGAUGUCACACAAACUAUGCAUCAUAUUCUUUGUAAAAUUGGACUCAUGAGUUGGCUAACAGAACUCGAAAUAUUUGCCGCUUUAAUCGCUGCAAUCAUCCAUGACUAUGAACAUACUGGAACUACGAAUAAUUUUCACGUAAUGGCUGGUAGUGAUACAGCACUUUUGUAUAAUGAUCGAGCCGUACUGGAGAAUCAUCAUGUGUCAGCGACAUUUCGAAUUAUCAAGGAAGAAGAAUUCAAUAUAUUACAUAACCUUUCCAAAGAAGAUUAUCGUGAAUUCAGAUCACUAGUAAUUGACAUGGUUCUUGCCACGGAUAUGAGCUAUCAUUUUCAGCAACUCAAAAACAUGAAAAAUCUACUUAGCCUUGCUGAACCAAUUAUUGACAAAAGCAAAGCCGUCAGCCUUGUUCUUCAUUGUUGUGACAUCUCACAUCCUUCAAAAAAAUGGAAUUUACAUCACAGAUGGACUAUGCUAUUGUUGGAAGAAUUUUUUAGGCAAGGUGAUAUGGAACAAGCACUGGGAUUACCGUUUUCACCAUUAUGUGAUCGUAAUAAUACUCUUAUAUCUGAAUCACAAAUCGGAUUUAUUGACUUUAUCGUUGAACCAAGCAUGCAGAUUUGCAGUGAUAUGUUAGAAGUCAUAUUAUCACCACUAAGUACAAAAAGUAAUGUAGAGGAUGCAGAUUUAUUAGAUGAGAAAAAGGUUCAAAUUAUAAAACCAUGGGUCCAAUAUCUUAUUGAAAAUAAAAAAUUGUGGAAAGAGUUAGCUGUACAAGAUGCGCUUGGGAGGCCAGUUCAAGAUAAAGUAGAAGUAUCUUUUCGAGAUGAAUAAUGUCAUUAAGGGACGAAUGUAAAGCAUAUUGUUAUUAAUGGUGAGAAAUCAAGUUCAGCAUAUCAAUCAAGUGAAAAUUCAAUAUACAUUAAUGUUUACCGAUUACAACAUGUUGAAAACGAUAUUCUUCUACUUCUAUGAAAAUAUAUUAAGUUAUGAAUCAAAGGGUUUAUAAUGCAAUAUCAAACUACAAACUAAU